CCUACUUCUGCUGAGAUUGUAUGUGAUGCACUGUAUGCAUGUCUCUGCACUCAAAUGAGACUGCAAAUCUGACCUGUGUGACUUUCCACUUUAAAUCAUGCGGCUUCAGCAUGCGGCAUCCUCUUUGAGACUACUCUCAGCCAAUCAGUGAUCGUCAGCUUAUUUGCAUCACUGCACAACUGACCACUCCGCUCCUCCAAGGGGCGGGCAUUAGAGACAUUUCGUUUGACAUUGUAAAUAAGCAAGGGGGACAGUUGUUUGAGUAGUCAGUUGUUCAUUCUAGCGCCGACAAGCAACUGAAGAAAAGACGACCUGCACGGCACAGACAUCCAAGACCUGCAACCCGACACCGUCUUUUAGUCUAUUUGCGUCUUUUGUGCAACUUUCGUCGUCUUUUGUCUGUUUUUUUCUCUCUCGUUCUUUUCAUUCCCUGACCCCUAUCCUGCUGCUCAAGCAGAUUUGGAGAUGUCAGCAGACUCUUUUGGAGCCGGGGGUAGUGAUGCCCAGCAGAGUCUACAGUCCUUUUGGCCCAGGGUCAUGGAGGAAAUCAGGAAUCUUACCGUGAAGGAUUUCCGUGUGCAAGAGCUUCCUCUUGCUCGCAUCAAGAAAAUUAUGAAACUGGAUGAGGAUGUGAAGAUGAUCAGUGCCGAGGCGCCCGUGCUGUUUGCCAAAGCAGCACAGAUCUUCAUAACUGAGCUCACUCUCAGAGCCUGGAUCCAUACUGAGGACAACAAGCGUCGUACACUACAGAGGAACGACAUCGCCAUGGCCAUCACUAAGUUUGACCAGUUCGACUUCCUCAUCGAUAUUGUCCCACGGGAUGACCUCAAGCCUCCAAAACGACAGGAGGACGUGCGACAAUCUGUUGCCCCGACCGAGCCGGUCCAGUAUUACUUCACUCUGGCACAGCAGCCCAGCGCUGUUCAGGUCCAAGGUCAGCAGCAGGGCCAGCAGGUGGCCGCUCCCACCGCCACCACACUACAGCCGGGGCAGAUUAUCAUCGCUCAGCCCCAGCAAGGCCAGGUAUUGCAGGGAACCACCAUGCAGCAGCUGCAGCAGGUGCAGGUCGCUCAAUCACAGGCGACCCCUAUCACGAGCGCUCCGGUGACCAUGCAGGUGGGCGAGGGCCAGCAGGUGCAAAUUGUGCAGGCGGCUGCACAGGGGCAGGCGCAGGCUCAGGCACAGGCUGCACAGCCAGCUGGACAGACUAUGCAGGUCAUGCAGCAGAUCAUCACCAACACAGGAGAGAUUCAGCAGAUUCCAGUGCAGCUUAACACUGGCCAGCUGCAGUACAUUCGCUUGGCUCAGCCAGUCUCAGGAACACAGGUUGUUCAAGGACAAAUACAGACUCUUGCAACAAAUGCUCAGCAGAUAACACAGACAGAAGUACAACAGGGUCAACAACAGUUCAACCAGUUUACUGAUGGGCAGCAGCUGUAUCAGAUCCAGCAGGUGACGAUGCCUGCGGGGCAGGAGCUGACCCAGCCCAUGUUUAUUCAGUCCACCAGCCAGACAGCUGACGGGCAGGUCACUGCGCAGGUCAGCGCAGACUGAGGCCGUGGAUCCUCUUCCAUACUUGCCCAUGGAGCUCCCGACACUACCAACCACCAUAUGCAGUGAAGGGAAGGCGAUACCACACACAAACCACUUCAGUCUUUGCACUUCUACGCCAUGUUUUGAUCAAGUUUUCCAACUAUCAUUCAUCAGCCUACGACUUUAGGUUAACGCUUCAUAAUUUAGGUACCAUCCAAAAUACACGUAUUGCUGUUAGCUCUGUUUGUUAGUCUUUUGGUCUGUUUACUACAGUACUGGGUAACGGAAGGAUCAAUGUGUUGUGGCAGAAAUCCCACUGUAUUAUGUCUUUUGCAAUAAGGCUAAAGUGUAUUUAAACCCACCGUCUUCCUCGCAGUGCUCAUAGAAUAGGUCCUUGUUCUUAGUUAAAUGGAUAUGGGUAGAUAUUAUGCGUUUUGAUUUUUGCAUUUCUAGUCAUAUGGUCAGGCUUGUGAAUUGGUAACGGUAAGUCUUUAGGAGGGCUUUUCUCAGCUGUGAAUGAAAUUAACCUGUUUUGUUUUUAAAGCCCUCAUCCAUUUUGACAGAUCAUGCCAUCUCAUGAUGUGUAGACUUGUAAACUUGAUAAAAAAGCCAUAAUCUACACAUUCUGUACACGAGUAUCUCCAUUGUUUGUAAUUCACUAGUAAUCGUAUUAGUUAAGUUGUAGUAUCUUGUAUAGUUUUGAAAUUUGAUAACAUUGUAUUUGUUAAAGGGCUGCUUCUUCUUCUUCUUGGGUUUUCUACAUGCAAAAUUGUCUUUUUGUGUGUGUGUGAGUGCGCGUGAAUGUGUGUAGGUAAUUGAUGUGCUCUUUAUGGGCGUCUUUCUGGACCAGUUUAAAAGAGACCCCUAUGCCCCUAGCAAUAGAACUACUCUAAUGUUGCCCACUGUAAAAACAACACCCUAAUUGAACAAAAUCCUUUUAUAUAAAAACAUUUUUAAUACCAGUUGUAACUUUUUUUAAUAAUCCCCUCGUGUUUUUCAUUGUUGUUAUUAUUAUUAUUAUUGUCAGUUAUGUUGUUUAGCAUGUAGUUAUGACUGCCAGCAUGAUAUGCAAUACUUGGCUGCAUAUUUUAUUUUUGUGUUCUUUUUUGUAAACAGACCUUGGUUUGUGGAAAAUAAAACAUUUCAAAAGGACGAAAAUUGUGU